AUGUCGAAACCACUGUCCGAUAUACUCGGGAAUAGACUGAUUAACCGGGCGAACGAGACCGUGGACCCGACUUCGUUGGCGGGGGUUGGCAAGCUGAUCGGACUGUAUUUCUCCGCUCAUUGGUGUCCGCCUUGUCGAGGUUUCACUCCGAAACUCGUUGAGUUCUACAAUAAUUUUAAGAAAUCGGAGAACGGCGAUAAGCUGGAGAUUAUAUUUGUGAGUUCGGACAGAGAUUCGGCGUCGUUUGAGGAGUAUUAUGGGGAGAUGCCAUGGCUAGCUUUGCCUUUUGACGAAAGGCAACGUAAGGAUAAGUUAUCAAAGAAAUUCAAAAUUCAGGGUAUACCCACUUUUGUGUUAAUGGACAGCACAAGUGGACGUGUGGUUACAGACGAUGGAAGAAACGUUGUGAUGGAUGAUCCGAAUGGAAACAAUUAUCCAUGGAAACCCAAACCGUUCUCAGAGAUAAUUGGAACAAACUUUGUCAACAACAAAAAAGAAGAAACUUCCAUAGAGUGUAUGAAAGACAAAAUAUUAUGCAUAUAUUUCUCAGCACACUGGUGUCCACCGUGCAAAGCCUUCACUCCUGUUUUAAUUGAACUUUAUAAAAAAUUAAAAGACGAUCAUAAAGCCAUGGAAAUCAUCUUUGUUAGUUCUGAUCGUAGUCAAGAAUCAUUUGACCAGUAUUUCAGUACGAUGCCCUGGCUAGCUGUACCCUAUGGGGACACCAGGAUCGAACAGCUUUCAAAACUGUUUCAAGUUAGCGGUAUUCCAUCAUUGGUUGUCAUGGAUACCAAUGGUGAGGUCAUCACCAAAGAUGGAAGGAGUUCUGCGUCAUCAGAUCCUGACGGAAAGGAUUUUCCGUGGCGCCCAAAAGCAGUGAACAAUCUGACAGGAUAUGCUGCUGGUAUUCUAAAUGAGGAUGCAUGUCUUAUUUUAUUCACUGAGGGUGAAGAACAAGACAUACUUGCAGCCACUGACAUUGUACAGCCAGUAGCUGAGGAAAUACUCAAGAAGUACAAGGCAUUGGAAGAUGAGCCUCCAUUGCAGUUUUUCAUUGGCGGUGACGAUGAAAUUGUGGAUUCUGUGAGAGAUUUCUGUUCAAUGGACGACAAAGUACCACUGCUCACCAUCCUAGAUAUCCCGGAACAGUUCAUUUACAUCUACGAAGCAGAGGACAUCACGCCAGAAACAGUUUAUAAAUUUGUUCAAGAUUACAUAGCGGGAGUGCUGGAAGGAACACCCUUACGUGGAUGAGUUAAUGAACGUCAACAUUCAAAUGAAAACUCUCUCUAUUGCUGAAUAGUUUUUUUGUUUGUUUUAUUUGCAGAACGAUCAGAAAUAUUUGCAGAAUUCUGUUCUAUUCGGUGUUAGGCGUAAACAAAA